AUGGCUGACGAGGCGAAUGCCGGCGCAUCCCUCGACCACAAUCUGCAGGAAGACUAUUCCGGCGAAGCAUCCGACGAUGAAGCCUUCCAUACUCCCACGUCAACGCCACCAAACGAGUUGUCCGAAGAUGCCAUCGUAGCAGAAAACCCGGACCUUGAGCAAAUUUGGAGCUGGAACACGCCCGUUCCGCCGACAUUGUCUACUUGCAUGCACGAGCUGAUCUCAGAACAAGCCAAGCGGGACCCGAGCCGUGCAGCAGUCAAUUCAUGGGACGGAGACUUUACUUAUGGCGACGUCGAAGAAUACUCCAACCGCCUGGCACUAUAUCUCGCAUCUAUUGGUGUUGGUGUUGGCACCAUUGUUCCAGUGCUAUUCGAAAAAUCAAAAUGGACGUGCGUAGCGGUUCUGGCCGUGAUGAAGGCAGGAGGAGCUUUUGCUCUCAUGGACCCAAGCCAGCCUGAGGGUAGACUACGCGCCAUCGUGGAUUUGACCGGCGCAGCUCACAUUGUGACCUCGCUGGCACAAUCAUCUCUUGGUAGCAGUGUGGCACCGACAGCAGCCCAUGUGGCUCUUGCUGCAGAAUGGUUCGAUUCACACGAGAUCCCAUCCGACUCCCAGCUGCCCGAGGUGCCCGCAAGCGCCAACCUCUAUAUCCAAUUCACCUCGGGAAGCACUGGCAUUCCCAAGGGCUGUGUCAUCACCCAUGUCAACUACACCAGCGGCGCUAUACCACGAGCCGACCUUGUCGGAUAUCGGGAACACUCCCGUGUCUUGGACUUUGCGUCCUACGCUUUCGACGUGUGCAUCGACUGUAUGCUAUGCACCUUGGCGAACGGAGGUUGCCUCUGUAUUCCCACCGAGGCGGACCGUGUCAACGACUUGAGCGGCGCAAUUCGGAAAAUGAAUGUCAACAUGGCUCACAUGACACCCUCGGUAGCACGUGUCCUCGAUUCCGACAUCAUCCCGUCGCUCGAAGUGCUCGGCCUCGGUGGUGAGGCCAUCUCGAACGGAGAUGCUGCAAAAUGGGGCAAGGAGGCACAAGUCGUCAACGCAUACGGUCCGUCGGAGUGUACUGUUGGAUGCACAAUCAACAACCAGGUUGGCCGCGACGGCAAGCAGCAAGUCACCAUUGGCAAAGGUGUUGGUGGUGCCAUUUGGAUCGUUGACCCGGCCGACCAUAACAAACUCACGCCACUCGGGGAGGUCGGAGAACUCAUUGUCGAGGGUGCCAUUGUCGGUCCUGGCUACCUGGGCAAUGCAGAGAAGACUUCAGAAGUCUUCAUUGAGGACCCAGCCUUCCUUGUGGCUGGCUACAAGGGAUUCCCUGGACGCCACGGACGAUGCUACAAGACCGGUGACUUGGUCAAAUACGAUACUGACGGAUCAAUCAUCUUUAUUGGUCGUGGCGAUCAGCAGGUCAAGCUCAGAGGUCAGCGUAUCGAGCUUGCCGAAAUCGAGCACCACAUGCGCGAUAAGCUACCAGCCGAGACUCGGGUUGCCGCUGAAGUCAUCAAACCCGGCGGCGGUACAAGCGACCCAAUGCUUGUUGCAUUCAUUUCGGAGAAGGCGGGUCUCGUUCCCAGUUUCGAGGACCUCCUGGGAUCAUUUUCCCCAGACAUCACAGACGCCUUGACUGGUAUGAACAAGGCACUUUCGGAAUACCUCCCCAUCUACAUGGUACCGGCUGCAUACAUUCCACUUCAGACUAUGCCCUUGUUAGUCUCGGCAAAGACUGACAGAAAGCGACUCCGUGAGCUUGGCGCUUCCAUGAGCAGACGAGACGUUGCCGCUUUUGCGAAUGCAUUGGUACAAAGGAGAGAGCCGUCGACGGAAAUGGAACAAAAGCUGGCCACCAUUUGGGGCGAUGUCCUGGGUCCCGAUGCUGACCUCAGUGCCACUGAUAACUUUUUCGCCGUCGGAGGUGACUCUCUCAGAGCAAUGAGACUGGUAGCAGCAGCACGAGCACACGGCGUGUCCCUUUCCGUGGCUGCGAUAUUUGCCAACCCAGUGCUGGAGGAUAUGGCUCAGGUGGCGCAACCAGCGACUGCUGAUGAAUUCGUCACUGUGGCGCCCUUCUCCCUGCUCAGCGAGACGUGGUCUCAAGAGGCUGCCAAAGCAGAAACCGCCGAGCUUUGCAAUCUGGACCCCGAAAGAGUCGAAGAUGUCUACCCUUGUACACCAUUGCAGGAAGGUCUCAUGGCUCUGUCUGCCAAGGUCACUGAAGCAUACGUUGCUCAGCGUGUCGUUGAAAUGUCAAGCGUUGACAUUGCUCAAAGACUUGCAGAUGCCUUCAAGACUUCUUCAACGGAUUGCCCCAUUCUUCGCACCAGAAUUGUCCAGAUUCCUGGCCAAGGACUCAUGCAAGUUGUUGUCAAGGACGACUUUGCCUGCCCGCUGAUCCAGGAGCAGAGCUUGACCGACUUCCUCGUCGCAGAUCGAAGUGACCCCGUGGAUCUGGGCAAGCCAUUGGUACGAUAUGCCAUCGUAGCCGGCGAGGAUACCGGAAAAGUACACUUUGUUCUGACAAUGCACCAUGCUCUCUAUGAUGGUUGGUCCAUGCCCCUAGUGGUUGAGAGAGUAAACAAGGCAUACCACGGAGAAACCAUUACUCGCCCUGCCAGCUUCAAGAAUUUCAUCAAGUAUCUCGGCGAUAUGGACCGCAAGGACUCGGAGACUUAUUGGAGAGAACGUCUGGACGGUGCCGAUGGAGAGCAAUUCCCGGCUCUGCCGUAUCCUGGAUACCAGCAGCAAGCCGACUCAUUGCUUGAGCACUACGUUUCGAUUGAGACCAGAGUCGGAGGCACGACGGUAGCAACCGCAAUUCUGGGCGCCUGGGCACUGUUGAUCGCUGCCUACACUGCAUCCAAUGAUGUCGUGUUUGGAGAGACCCUGACUGGACGAAAUGCGCCAAUUCCAGGAGUUGAAGAGAUCGAAGGACCCAUGAUUGCGACGAUUCCUGUGCGUGUAGCUGUCAACCCUGAUGCGACCGUCUCGGAAUACCUUCAGGAGGUCCACCAUCAGUCUGUCCUCAGCAUCCCCCAUGAACACUUUGGUCUUCAACACAUUCGUCGCCUGAGCCCAGAUGCUCGCGAGGCUUGUGAGCUCAGAACUGGAUUCGUCCUCCACCCCAGCACGGAAGGCGAAGAGGUCGCUUCGAUAGAAGACCAACCUGCCAAUGGCUUCGUCCCCGCCGGCGACGAUGAGGCUGCCCAGGAAGCCUUGAAGUUCAACACAUAUGCGCUCAUGCUUGUUUGUUCCCUGGACCCCAAGGGUUUCCUGAUCAUGGCCAGCUUUGACUCGAACACUGUCAAGAGCCCACAGAUGCAGAGAAUGCUCACACAGUUGGGCAGAUUGACUCAGCAAUUCUGUGAAUACCCCGGCAAGAGAUUGGCUGACCUCGAGGUUCUGGACACUGCAGAGCAGGCAGAGAUUACUCAGCUCAGUACACAGGCCGCCGCAAACUCUGUGCUCUCAUCAUUGGUUCCAAACGACAGCGAGAUUACGGGUGCUUGGAUCGUCGACCCUGCUGAUGCUGCACGGCUUUCUCCCAUUGGUGCAACUGGCGAGCUUCUCAUUCACUGCUCUGGUGAUCCAAACCUUGAAUCAAUUGAUACUCCAAGGUGGCUGAACGGUGCUGUGGCUGGAAAGGUCUAUCGGACAGGAAAGCUGGCCAAGUACAACCCCGAGGGUUCCAUUGUACUGGUAGAGAAACCCGUCAAGGAGAAGAAGCAAAAGGUUGAACGAGCAAGCAAAGUAUCGGUAUCAUCGGCGAAGCAAAGAAAACUGCGUAGUGCUUGGAGUCGCAUUAUUGGCAUUCCGGAGGACGAGAUCAGCCUGGACGAUAGCUUCUUCCUCUUGGGUGGUGACUCGAUCGGUGCCAUGAAACUGGUUGCCGAAACCCGUGUAGAGGGCUUCGAGAUCACCGUCAAGGACAUCUUCAAGCACCGGACAUUGUACGACAUGUCAAAUGUGUUGAAGGAGUCGCUAGCUGUCACAAAGGAGACCAAGGAAGAGGUCAUCAAGCCAUUCUCGCUCCUCGAGAUGACCGACAACAGGUUACAGGAGAUCAAAAAGUCACUGGCCCAGCCAGACUGGAUCGUGGAAGAUGUAUACCCCACACGGCCUCUGCAACAGGUAGCAGUCUACGGCACAGUAAAGCUGCCUCGCUACUCGACUCGUUACGAGCUUUUCCACCUCGAUGGAGAUGUGGACAGAGAAAGACUUUUGCGCAGCUGCCAAGAGCUGGUUGAGCGAAACGAAAUCCUGCGCACCGUCUUUGUGGAGAGCGAAGGCCAAUGCCUCGGCGUCGUGUUGAAGUCGGUGACUGCUCAAGUCGACGAAUUCGAUAUUGAGGGCAAGAUUGAAAAGUUUGUGCACAACUUGUGCAAGACGGAUAUCCAGACCAAGAUGCCCCUCGGAUCAGUCUUUGUCAAGUUUAUGCUCGUGCGAGGCGAUACUGGCAAGAGCUGUCUCAUUAUUCGCAUCUCCCACGCCCAAUACGAUGAGAUCUGCUUGGUACCACUGCUACGCCAACUCGGCGCUCUGUAUGAUGGACUGCCUUUCAGACCUAGUGCACCGUUCUCCAACUUUGUAUAUCACACAGUCAACAAGAGCAUACCGCAGAGCAUCGACUACUGGAGAGACCUUCUCAAGGGAUCAGAACUCUCUGUUCUCAAGUGUGACCUGCCCCUGACCAAGAGACUGCCGGGAGACAUUACCCGUACCGUCAGCAUUGCCGCGCGACCCAAGGACAUUACGGUCGCCACGCUGCCCACUGCCGCCUGGGCUCUCUGCCUCGCCCGACGCCUCGGCCGCCGCGAUGUCGUCUUUGGCGAGGUCGUCAGCGGCCGCAACACGGACCUGGCCAACGUGGACGCCGUCAUGGGACCGACCUGGCAGUACGUGCCGGUGCGCGUCAAGUUCGAGGAGGGCUGGACCGGUCUCGACCUCUUGGAGCACGUCCAGUACCAGCACAUCUCCAGCGCGCAGCACGAGGGCAUGGGCCUCGCCGAGAUUGUGCCGCAGUGCACCGACUGGCCCGCGACCGUGGACUGGUUCGACUCGGUCGUCCACCAGGACGUCUACCACGUCGAGGAAAUGACCUUUGGCAAGGCCAGCUGCCGCAUGGAGACCGUCUACCCGCACUACGAGCCCCUCAAGGAGUGGAAGUGCCAGGCCUUUGUCAAGGGCGACGAGCUCAUGUUUGAGAUUGUCACGUUUGACGAUUGGCUCUCGGUCGCUGAGGAGCUGCUAGGCGAGCUGGAGGAGAUUAUGGACUUGUUGGUGAGAAGACCCAAGGAGGUCAUUCCCUGGUGA